AUGGGCUUCCAUGGCAUGGCCACAAUGUCUUCUUCCGUGUCGCUCGGACCCAUCAUUGCUACGUCAACGCAGCGUCCGAACCAUGGAUCGGCGGCUCUGCAGCCGGGGCUUUGGCUCUCUGUUGAAGGAGGCGACGAUGAGAGGGCGUGGCAUCACCGUGGAUUGGUAGGGAUGGUGGAUGGCGUGUCUGUCUGA